AUGACGACGACAACCUUCUUCUACCGCCGCCUUGGCCUCCAGCUCUGCCCGUCCUGGCCGGGCCACCUCCACCUGGUGGGCUCGCUCCUGCACGUCUCCCUCCACAGGCUCGCCAGGAAGCACGGCUCCGACGUCAUGCUCCUCCGCCUCGGCGCCAUGCCGGUGCUCGUCGUGUCGUCGCCGCGCGCGGCCGAGGCGGUGCUGCGCACGCACGACCGCGUGUGCGCGUCCCGGCCCUACUCCCUCAUGGCCGAGGUGGUCAUGUACGGGCCCUCCGACGUCGGCUUCGUGCCGUACGGGGACUACUGGCGGCGGGCCAGGAAGCUCAUCACCACGCACCUGCUCACCGUCAGGAGGGUGCAGGCGCUCCGCCUCGCCCGCGAACAAGAGGUGAGCGCGGUGAUGGCCAGGAUUGGCGAGGCUGCGGCGGCAGGAGCGGCGGUGGACAUGGGUGAGCUGCUCGGCUCGUUCACCGACGACCUGGCGUGCCGCGCAGUGAUGGGCAAGUCCUUCGGGGGCGAGGGCCGGAACAAGCUGUUCCGGGAGCUCGUCAGCGACACCUCGCCGCUGCUGGGCGGCUUCAACGUCGAGGAGUUCUUCCCCUUCCUUGCUCGCUUCGGCGUGCUCAGUAGGGCGGUCCGCGCCAAAUCCGAGAGGUUGAGGAGGAGGUGGGGCGAGCAGCUGGACAGGCUUAUUGAGGACCAUGAGUCAACGGCGACGGCGAGUAAUCCUAGCAAGGACGACGAGGAUGACAUCAUACAUAUUUUGCUCUCCGUUCGACACGAGUACGGCCUCACCAGAGAGCAGAUGAAAGCUAUCCUGCUUGACGUGUUCUUCGGGGGAAUAGGGACAGGAGCUGCGGCACUCGAAUUCACCGUCGCUGAGCUCAUGCGGAACCCACACGUAACGAGGAAACUGCAGGCCGAGACUAUUAGUGGCUCGCUUUCAAGUGCACUUCUACACUUCUACCACAGCAGCAAUGUGAGGAUGCUUGAUUUCUUCAGUUUCUUGAGUAGUGUUGCUCUUUGCUUUGGCCCACAGUAA